CUGGGAAGGCCGGAGAAAGUCUGCGAAGGUCUGAAGGGGAAGUCGCGUUCUACCAGCUUCCGGAAGUGGCGGUUAAAGAAUGCCUCAUCAGAAGUAAAACAAAUGCUUAAAAAUGAAACAGAGUCAGAUAGUACUACUGAUCUCAGAAAGAAACUCCAUCGAGUGAAGAAAGAAAAAUUAGAAAUGACAACUAAGCACAACGCAGAGCUGUCAAGCUAUGAAAGCCAGAUUGCCAAACUUCGGUCUGAGGUUGAAAAAGGAGAAGCAUUGCGACAAAGUCUGGAAUAUGACCUGGCUGUUGCUAGAAAGGAAGCUGGUCUUGGAAGACGGGCUGCUGAAGAGAGAUUAGCUGAGGCCCAUAGGGUCCAAGAAAAACUCUGUGCUCAGAAUUCAGAGCUUCAAGGAAAGGCAAAUGAGAUUGAGAAAGCAUUUCAGACUUCCCAGCAGAAAUGGAAAGAGGAAUGCAGAAGAUUUGAACAUGAUUUGGAGGAAAGAGACAAUAUAAUUCAAAAUUGUAAUCGACAAUAUGAUUUGCUUAUGAAGGAAAAAAGCAGACUAGAAAAAACUCUACAGGAGCAAGAUAGUGCUGUACAAAAUAUGCACAAGAAAGUUGAACAGUUAGAAACAGAACAUAUGGACUGCUCUGAGCUUUUACGGCGACAAACAAGUGAACUUGAAUUUAGCACUCAACGAGAAGAACGUCUUAGAAAAGAAUUUGAA